AUGCCCCCCAGCUUCUGCAUGGCGCUUGUGUGGCAUGUAGGAGAUGAAAUUAUUUUUUUUCGGGCUCUCCAACUGAGUCUGGGCUUUCUUCUGCUUCUGACUGUUGUUGGAGUUGGAUUCCCAGUAGGAAAGAGCUUGAGAUUCCUUCUUGACCCGGGUUGUCCAACUUGUAUAAAUACAGGGCUUCUCUUCACUCUUUCUUACAUCGCAAACUUAACUUCUCUACUUUCUAGCUUGAGAAAGAUCUUGGAGAAUUUUGUACUGCUUUUCGAAGAGAGGAGUUGCCGUGCAUCCCAAAGCGAGGACCAGUUGGGUGGGACCAGGUUGGUUGUCAUCGUUACUGGUCGCCAAAGACGAUUGGAGCGGCGGUGGCUGCUGGCGGCUGCUGAGCAACGAUUAGGAGGAAGUUGGUGGACUACCCCCUGCUAA